AGGGCUCAGUAUGCCAGGCGGAAACAGAUGAACACACCCACGCUGGCCACCUCAGAGAAGUAGCCCAGCCUCAUUAAAACCACGGUUAUCAGUGUAUGUUCCCUCAAUCUGAGAAUUCAACCGGGCUGUAUCUUCCUGUUUGUUUUAUCGCAGGGCUUGUGGAAUGCUGCUGGACGAGACUCCGCUGUUUGAUCCGUCUCUGCUUCAGGACCUAGACUGGAGUAGCAACGGUGUCUCCUUCUCUCCCCCCAUCUCCCCUUCUAGUCCGGGGGAAGGCUUGGUGCUCAGGCCCCUCUGUACAGCAGACUUCAGCAGAGGAUUAUUCAAGGUUUUAUCUCAACUAACCCAGACAGGCGAUGUCACUGCAGAGCAGUUCAUGAAAAAGUUUGACCAUAUGAAGAAGACAGGAGACUACUAUGUCAUCGUGGUGGAGGACAUAAACCUGAGACAGAUUGUUGCUACGGCCACAUUGAUCACAGAACACAAAUUCAUCCACUCCUGUGCUAAGAGAGGCCGGGUGGAGGAGGUGGUAGUCAGUGAUGUGUGCAGGGGGAAGCAGCUGGGCAAACUGUUAGUUUCAACUCUUACUCUUCUCAGCAAAAAACUCAACUGCUAUAAAAUCACUUUGGAAUGUGCACCCCGAAAUGUGGCUUUCUAUCAAAAGUUUGGCUACAUCGCUUCAGAAGAGACCUACAUGCAGUGUCGAUUUUUAGACUGAGGACAACAGCAGCUUACUGCAUCUCUUCUGGGGACAUGGACCAUUGCUUGUACACACACUUGCAUCAGAACAUGCAAUGACAAAACGCCUUAAAAGCCAGGGGAGUUGCCAGAGGAAAAUUUUUUGGUUGUGUAGUGGAGCUGUUUCUGAAUACUCAUCCUGAUUACAGCACUCUUGAUUGAACGUAAAUGCAUGUUGAAACCUUCAACGUCGUCCUCUGUCCCUCUGGUAACUCAGCAGGGUAAAACUCUGUCUGGAGAAAGGAUUGUCAUUUACUGUAAAUGUAACAGUCGCAUUGUGUUACAGUGCCAAUAACUAAUUUGAUGUGUACACCUGCGAAUAGCCUGCAGCUGUAAGGAAAUACAACUGGGAAAUGAAGAUAUGAAAUUCAAAUAUUUCUGAAGCAGCUAACGAAGAUAAUUCACCACUGGCAACAGCUUCUCAACAUCACUACAGAAACAAGGGUACAUGAAGGAUUUACUGUGGAUCGUGAUUCAAACCCAGUCUCAUAAAGGGGCAGAUCACCAAAUAAAAGCAGCUUUAUUUCUUUAAA